GCUGUUGUGAGGAUGCUGCUUGAGAAAGGCGCCGAGAUUAAAGCGAAAGAUAAUCACAGCCACACACCGCUUCAGUCCGCUACAGUUAGUGGGAAUGAGGCUGUUGUGAGAAUACUGCUUGAGCAAGGCGCUGACAUCGAGGCGAAAGAUGAUAAAAAUUGGACACCGCUUCAUUCCGCUGCAGUUAGUGGAAAUGAGGCUGUUGUGAGGAUACUGCUUGAGCAAGGCGCUGAC